AUGCGCGCGGUGCGCGUCGCGACACCGCGGUCCGUGGCCCUGUGCUGCGCGCCCGCCGGCCAGGCCGAUCCGCCGCGCAUGGAAAGGGGCGCCCGGCCCGACCCCGAUGACGUGGGCGUGGCAUCCCGGACACCGGACCGGAUGAGGCGCGGUGCCGUACCUCAAUUCCGGCCGUCGGUCGAUGGAGACGCUUGCGGUUGCAGAGGUGGCAGCCGCAGGGCUCCCUACACCACCUACGAGUACUACACUACUAUGUCAAGGUUUGGAACUAGAGCUCGUCGAGGGUGGGAUGAAGAGGAUGAAUCUGAUGACGACGACCUCUUCAUCAUUGCUGGUCUUCUUGAGGGCUCGAGGAGAAACAAGCGCAAGAAAAAGUUUCGUGGAUCGUUGCCGGGUCGCCGCAAAGUGCCACGGAACAUUUCUGAAGGUCACAAUCGCAUCUACGGACUACUUCGCCGACCGGAGGGUAUCCCUGUGUUGCAACCUGUGGACUACCAACGCCGUAAUCCUCUUGUGCUAGAGGACUUCCUGAAGAUACACGACGAGAUUGAGGAUAGGUCUUCACAUGAGCGACUUCGUGAUGACCUUGUAGAGCACUUGUGGGCAAUUCAUAGUUCUAGGUAG